AUGGUGGCUCUGCGCCCAUCGUUCACGGCCGCUGUGGCUUUCCGGUCAGUCGCAGCCGCAGCUGGGGCAGCAAUGCAGAUGAGCGAGCUGUCAUCAACGCUGCCGCCGCUUCGAGACUCGCUGUCGGGCAUCUUUGGCAGCGUGAGCCUGACGGCGUGGAUUUGCCUGCUGCUGCCACAGCUGAUUCAGAACUACAAGGCCCAGAGUGCCGAGGGCCUGUCGAUGGCCUUUCUCUUUGUCUGGCUGCUGGGCGACAUCACAAACCUGUUUGGCGCUCUCUGGACGGGGCUGGCCCCAACGGCUGUGGCCCUGGCCACAUACUUUUGCUUUGCCGACCUGGUGCUCAUCGGCCAGUGCGUCUACUACAACACGCUGAACGCGCGUCGGGCGAGCCAACACGCACACGUUCACCGUCGUCGCCGCAGCUCGGCCACGGCCGGCCCUCUGCUUUCGCGUCGUCGUAGCUCCAGCAUCGGGCUGCCCGGCUCGCAUCGCCGCCACUCGGCCAGACGCAGCGAGUCCAACCUCGAUCCGCUGCGUUGCAUCAUCACCGGCGAGGACGAGACGCCCGACACGAACCCGUGGGUGCACAACGCCCUCAGCCUGGUGGCUGUCUUUGCUGUCGGCACGGUCGGAUACUUUGCUUCCUACCGCAUGGGCGCCUGGGACACCGACCCCGAGGACGACGGCCUGUCCUCGUCGGAUCCCGAGAAUGUCUACGCUCGGAUUGGCAUGGUGCUGGGCUACUUUAGCGCCGUAUGCUAUUUGUGUGCCCGCAUCCCCCAGAUCUUCAAGAACUACCGGGAGAAGUCGUGCGAGGGCCUCGCCUUGCUUUUUUUCCUGCUGUCGCUGACGGGCAACCUCACCUACGGCGCCAGCCUGGUGUCAUAUUCCCAGGACCGCGAUUACCUCAUCAAAGCGCUGCCGUGGCUGCUGGGCUCGCUCGGUACAGUGGUGGAAGACGGCAUCAUUUUCAUGCAGUUCCGCCUCUACACGCCAAAGCGUCACGUGGACAAGGCUGUCAGCAACGAGACCAUCCGCAGCGGCACUGUCGGCACAUAUGGCGCUGUAUAG